GUCAAAAAUUGAUUUCGUCAGCAGUCAGCACCUCGUGGUAUUUGCUCCACAGGAAGAGUCCCCGGCGGCCGCUCCUGUUUCAUUUUCCGUCGACAGCACUUCCCUCCGUUAGCUAUUCCUCCGUCUGUCACCGGUCAUUGUUUCCUCAUUUCUUAAGAUUAGACUGUGGAAAUGGAUGGAAACCUGAGUAUCUCUCUAGACAAACUCCCUGUCAAACGUUUGGAAAUCAUUGAAGAAAAUGGAGCUGAAAAAUUCCCUCCCGAUUUGAGUUAUGAUGAUAACAGAGUGAAUCAAAUUCGAAGAAUAGACUUUGCUUGGGCUGUAGAAAGAGAAGAUCCAAACAAGAAACAAAAGAAAGGCGACUCUACUGCUAGUUCUUCCAAAGAUACAACAUCUUCAUCACCAUGGCCAUGGCAGAACAUGGUUGAAAAUCUAAAAUUGGCUCAUCAAGAACUUUCUGUUAUCAUUGAUCUCAUCAACACUGUUGAAAUUAAUGAUGCUGUCACAGUAGCUGGUAUGACCAGACCAAAACAAUUACCUAAUGAACUUUUAUCUGACCUUGCAGUAUCUACAGCAACAAAACUCCAAUGCUUUCGGCACCUUGGGAAAUACUUUAAGCAAUCAGCCAAAGCAUUAGAGAAACAAGUUGCAAAAGAAGCAAGAUUCUAUGGAGCUCUAAUAAGAUUGCAGCAGAAUUGGAAAGUUAAGAGGCAUAGAAUGGCUGCUUCUGCUGCUGGAAAUGAAGGCUUCUACAUUGAUCUGUUUGACAAUACAUUAUAUGAUCCAACAGCUAUAUUUCGCCAAUCUUCAAUGUCAACUAUUCGUGUUGAACAUGAUAAUGCUGGAAUGCUUGCUUUAAAUCUUCCUUCAAAAGCAUGUCAUGUUCUUCAAUUUGGAUUUGUUGGUGAUGAUAUUCCAAAAAAGUCAAAUGGAAGAACAACAAAUCUAUCAAAUUCAGAGUUUUCUGAAGAAACAAAGAAAGAAGAUGAAACUGAUAAUGAUGAUGAUGAUGGUGUAAAGAAAAGGCAUUCUGAUCUUCGUGAAGUUCACAGAGCUGUUUUUAAUGAACAGGUUUUUAAUUUAAUAAAUCAAGAAGCAUUUGUUCCAUCAUUAGGCGUGAAUGUAACUGGCAUACGAGAGAAUCAUUUACAAUUAAACAUAGAUCAAGAAGCCUCUGUAUUCAUUUCACUUGUAUCAUCCACUCAAGAACAUGAUGCAACUGAUGAUGAAGAAAAUAAUGACAAUAAUGCCCUCAUACCCUUAAUCGAUGGCGAAGAAGAAAAACAACCUGUGAAAAAAAGAUCAUUUCUUCCAAAUAGAAUCAGCUCCGAAAUUCUUUUGAAACAGCUUUUUCAUGAACAUGUAUUUGUUCGGGCAAAGAACCGGUCAGCUUCUCCCAACAAAAGUCAACAGUUCGGGCAGCUAACAAAAGAUGGGUCAAAGUCAAACCUUCUUGGUCAUUUCUGCAUGUCUCUUGCUCACAGAAUAUUUUCAUAUAAAGUUUUGACACAACUUGAAAAUCUGGCUAAGAGUGUAUCGUAUGUUAGUUUGGUGUCUCAUCCCACAUGGACUUCUCGUACAUCUUCAUGGACACUGGUGGUGGAUGUCCCUCCGUCCAUUCUUCAUUCUGGCCACCAGACGUGGGCGGCAAAGAAGAGGGGGAAGUCACAGUUCCACACUAAAGUGGUGGUGAUUGAUGAUUGUAUUAAUAUUGAAGGUGAAGGUGCUCCGAAUGUAGUCGGCCUCUUUAAAGGGAAAUGUGAAAACAGUUGUUCUAUCAAUAGAUAUGACUGUAACUUGGCUGAUCUUCAUGUCAUACUUUUACAACAGGUUGCGAGUCAAAUUAUCCGUUGGCUGCAUGAAGAAGCUCUUAGUGUGGGAAUGAAAGCGAGUCGGGACUUUUUAAGCUUAUGUUUUGAGGUGGAGCAGGGUGAAGUGGUGGGUGUGGUGGCUCAUGUGGAUCCGGAGGAUGGUGAAGGCGGCAUAUCGUGGUGGUUGGUGGUGGGCAAUGGCGGAGGAGUGGAGGAAUACAAGGUUGAAAGAGAGGAUUCGGAUGGGGAAACAAAGAGAUAUUUAGGUCAUUUAUCUCUUGAUGUGUUGUAUGCGACUUUGUUGGAUCUCUUGACCAUGUGUAGCAAUGGUGGAAGCCUCAAGUCUUCAUUAGAUAAUCAACUGUAAUAAAAUAUAAAAUCGACCCUAAAAGAUAGCGUUUGAAUAUUUGAGUUUUAAUACUAAGUUACUUAAUUGAUAGAA